CUGUUCUACCCGGGAAGCCUUCCCCUGAUAUACACGAUGACAUCUUUUGAGAUACUCUAUCAGUGAGAACUUGAAAAUGAAGUUAAAAAUUAAGCGGCAAAACCAAACCUAGGCUUUCUGAGAAAGUGGGGGCAUAGCUGGUGCUGUCUGACUGCCACGUGGCUUAUUAUUUAUCCCUGUGAAACUCUGCAAAAGUAUUUGAAAGGGAAGAAGGAACAGAAAGCUCCCUCCUUUUUCAAGUUAGCCUUAUAGUCUAGGGCUUAAAAUACUGGUUUAAUGCUGAAGGUAAGUGCUUUUCUUCUUUUUGGGUAGGAGGAUAAUUACUAACUUAUCAGAGGUACAUUAAGGGAAGGGAACAGUUUUAGGAGAAGUCAGAGAAAAAACAUUAACAGCAACGUAAGGAUCACCAUCUGGUAAUAUUUCCUAAUUCCAAAAUGAAGAGACUUUCUAAAAAAGAUAACUGAUUCAAUCAAGACCCUAGGGCAAGGCUUGAGAAAACACUGGUACCAAUGGACGCCAUGGACAAUGGUCAUUUCUUCACGGACUCUAUAAAAGACCGUUGUGGUGAAAGAGAUUCAGGGCACAGGGAAACUCCACCACAAAGUGUAGUACCAUUUCCCAGAGAAGCUAAAUGGACGGGAAGCCUGCCACCAGGAGAGGUCCAGAUUUCUGUUCAUUACGCUAUGGGCUGGCUCUUAUCAUGCACUUCUCAAACUUCACCAUGAUAACCCAGCGUGUGAGUCUGAGCAUUGCAAUCAUUGCCAUGGUGAACUCCACUCAGCAGCAUAGUCUAUCUAAUGCCUCCACUGAGGGGCCUUUUGCAGACGCCUUCAAUAACUCCAGCAUAUCCAUCAAGGAAUUUGAUACAAAGGCCACUGUGUAUCAAUGGAGCCCAGAAACUCAGGGUAUCAUCUUUAGCUCCAUCAACUAUGGGAUAAUACUGACUCUGAUCCCAAGUGGAUAUUUAGCAGGGAUAUUUGGAGCAAAACAAAUGCUUGGUGCUGGUUUGCUGAUCUCUUCCCUUCUCACCCUCUUCACACCAUUGGCUGCUGACUUUGGAGUGAUUUUGGUCAUUGUGGUUCGGACAGUCCAGGGCAUGGCCCAGGGAAUGGCAUGGACAGGUCAGUUUACAAUUUGGGCAAAGUGGGCUCCUCCACUUGAACGAAGCAAACUCACUACCAUUGCGGGAUCAGGGUCAGCAUUUGGAUCCUUCAUCAUCCUCUGUGUGGGGGGACUAAUCUCACAGGUCUUGGGCUGGCCUUUUAUCUUCUACAUCUUUGGUAGCACUGGCUGUAUAUGCUGUCUCCUAUGGUUCACAGUGAUUUAUGAUGACCCCAUGCAGCACCCGUGCAUAAGUGUUAGGGAAAAGGAGCACAUCAUGUCCUCACUGCCUCAGCAGCCCAGUUCUCCUAGACGAGCUGUCCCCAUAAAGGCAAUGGUCACAUGCCUACCACUUUGGGCCAUUUUCAUGGGUUUUUUCAGCCAUUUCUGGUUAUGCACCAUCAUCCUAACAUACCUACCAACGUACAUCAGUACUCUGCUCCACGUUAACAUCAGAGAUAGUGGAGUUCUGUCCUCCCUGCCUUUUAUUGCUGCUGCAAGCUGUACAAUUCUAGGAGGUCAGUUGGCAGAUUUCCUUUUGUCCAGGAAUCUUCUCAGGUUGAUCACCGUGCGAAAGCUCUUUUCAUCUCUAGGGCUCCUCCUUCCAUCAGUUUGUGCUGUGGCCCUGCCCUUUGUGGCCUCCAGUUAUGUGAUAACCAUUAUUUUGCUGAUACUUAUUCCUGGGACCAGUAACCUAUGCGACUCAGGGUUUAUCAUCAACACCUUAGAUAUCGCUCCAAGAUAUGCAAGUUUCCUCAUGGGAAUCUCAAGGGGAUUUGGGCUCAUUGCAGGAAUUGUCUCUUCCACUGCCACUGGAUUCCUCAUCAGUCAGGAUUUUGAGUCUGGUUGGAGGAAUGUCUUUUUCCUGUCUGCUGCAGUCAACAUGUUUGGCCUGGUCUUUUAUCUCACGUUGGGACAAACAGAAAUUCAGGACUGGGCCAAAGAGAGGACCUCACCCACCUCUGAGGACAUAAAGUUAUUUCAAAUUUAAAUAUAGUAUUGAGAAUGAACUUUUUAAAUAUUUUUAUCUUCAUAUUCUUGACCACAGACUCAGCAGUUGUCAACUAUGGCUGUGUGUUAGUCUUCCUUGGGGAGCCUUUAUAAGACUCUGAUGCCUGGGACCCACUUUAGAGAUUCUGAAUGAAUUGGUCUGGGGUAGAAUCCAGAUACCACUAAUUUUUAGACACUCUUCAGAGGUUUCUAACAUGCACCCAGGAUUGACAAUAGCUGGACAAACUUGAAAAGUCAAUUCAUGUGGCCUUUGGAUUUUCCUCAUUGGAAAGUACUAAAUGAAUAAAACUUUGCGUGAAAAUGAUCACUGAUAAAUAUCUUCAUGGUGGGGGGGAGGUGGUUAUUGGAUACGGAGAAAUCUGAUGGGAAUUGUAGCCACAUGUUGCAGAUCUCAGUACCGAUCGGAAUUGUAAAGCUAUUAUCCCCAGAAUUAACAUUUUUAUUAUUUUUUUAUACACUGUAAAACAUGGAUUAUUUAUUUAUGUGGUUAAAUUCUAUGAAAACUUACAUGCUAAAAUAAAAUAGACAAUUUUAUAAUUAUUUAGAUUAGAAUUAUUUCCAUCAGGUUAAACAGAUAUUUAUACUAGACCAAUUGCAAAAAAUAAAGGACCAGAAAAUGACCAAGAAAAGGUUAAAUAAAUGAGGUUAACUUAGAAAUCAAAGACAGAGAAAACAGAAUUGAAAAGCUUGUAUUGUGAGAAGAAUGAACGUGAAGGAAGGCAAUGUAGACAUUUCCAGAAAGGAUAACAGUAUAGUUUAGAACAUAUAAAGAAAAUUGGAGGGAAAUGACAGAGGCACUUUCAAGUAAAAUGACAACUUAUAUGGGGGAGAAAAAUACUGAAGAUAUAAAAAGAUGAGAAAAGGUAUAGAAAUCUAUCACAUGCAAGAGAAGCUCCUUCUCAAGGAAGAAAAAGAUCAUUUGAACUUCUUCAUGUUUUCCUUACUUUCCCAAGAUACUCAGAGAGGCAACAUCAACUCUAACAGGUUUUCAUUUGGCUUCUAACGCUUAAAACAUAUACUUUAGGUUGUCUACACACACAGAGCUGAUUCUGGUUUUGCCACAAAAUGUCCAGAGAAGAAGUUCCCACCAUAUUUUAAAUCCUAUUUAAAAACCUCUAGGACAAAAACCCUGGGCUAAUUCAGCAGAUGAAGAGAAUCUUCUAAUGCAAAUCAACAGGUAUUUUUGAGUAGGUGUUUUCAGAAAAACAGAGUGUCAUGCCCUGAGAGUGAUACUAAGAUGAGCACAUUGAUUUUGGCUUCAUGGUAUUGACAACAUAGAGAGGAAGGUGGGUUUGCAGAAAACCAAAAGUAGAAGAACAAUAAAGAAAG